CAAUUUUCUUGUUUUAACCAUCUUUAUCGCCAAACAUUAGCGUCUCAAAUUCAGAUCUGCAUCUCAUUGUGUUAGUGUUAGUAGUUCCAUUCUUGAGAUUCGAUGAGUCACUUCGAUUCCAACCCUUUCGCGGAGGAAGAGGUCAAUCCUUUCUCGAACCCCGAUAGUGUUCCUCCUGCAACAUCAAGGCUUUCACCCCUCCCUCCUGAACCAUAUGACCGUGGUGCAACCGUAGAUAUUCCUCUUGAUUCGGCCAAGGAUUUAAAAGCGAGAGAGAAGGAACUUAAAGCAAAAGAGGCUGAAUUGAAUAAGCGGGAACAGGAAUUGAGAAGGAAGGAGGAUGCAAUAGCACGAGCUGGAAUUGUAAUAGAGGAGAAAAAUUGGCCACCAUUUUUUCCUAUCAUCCAUCAUGAUAUUGCAAAUGAAAUACCAAUCCACCUACAAAAGAUGCAGUAUGUUGCUUUCACAACAUUUUUAGGUUUGGUUCUUUGUCUUGUUUGGAAUAUAGUAGCUGUUACUACAGCCUGGGUCAAAGGAGAAGGUCCAACAAUUUGGUUUCUUGCCAUUAUAUAUUUCAUAUCUGGGGUCCCUGGUGCCUAUGUAUUGUGGUAUCGUCCUCUCUAUCGUGCUAUGAGGACUGAUAGUGCGUUGAGUUUUGGACGGUUUUUUUUGUUUUACAUGUUGCAUAUUGGCUUUUGCAUCUUUGCUUCAGUUGCUCCCCCGAUUAUUUUCAAGGGAAAAUCCCUUGCAGGUAUUUUGCCUGCAAUUGAUCUCAUUGGCGGUUCACAUGCUUUUGUGGGGAUAUUCUACUUUAUUGGUUUCGGAUGUUUUUGCAUCGAAUCAUUGCUCAGUGUCUGGGUUAUUCAGCAAGUUUACAUGUAUUUCCGCGGUAGUGGUAAAGCUGAUGAGAUGAAGCGUGAGGCUGCAAGAAGAACAGUGGCAGCGGCACUUUGAUAGUGAUACGGAGGCCGUCGCAGAAAGAUGGUAUUUGCUGCUGGUGGGCUUGGAUCAUGUUGGAUGAGUUACAAUGUACUUGAAUUGCUUCUUCCCAUGCAAUUUUCUGGCUGGCUUGUCUAAUCAUUUUAGUGAUAUGUUGUUUAAAUAUAUAUACAUCAUAUACAUUGCUGAAUGACGAAGUUGAGAUAACAGACUAAAGUUGGAUAGUAAGGUUUAGCAGGCCAACUUUUAGCAGUUGUGUUGCCCAUA